AUGCUGCGCUCCAUCACCAAACAAUUCUCGUCAUCAACGGGCAAUUCGCUGGGUCAUCAUCAUCUUUCUCACAAGUCUUUUGUUCCUUUGUACAUUUGUACACAGAAGGCUUGCUAUGCCAAAGUAGGAGAAAGAAAGCACAAAGAACAAAUGACAGACGUGCGAAAGAAAUACAAGCAAUAUGUUGAACAAGCAAAACAACAACAAGAUGAAAAAUCUAGAAAGGAAUUUGCCGAGCACAGAGAAAGAGUUUUAACCUACCGUGAACAUAAACGUGCCAUCGCAAUUCAAAACAUACAAAAACAUGAGAGAAUGAUGCAAAUUCAGAAGGAGGAGUUUGAAAGAGCGAGAAUGGAACGAGCUCAAAGAGCAAUUAAUUUAGAGGCUAUAGAACAAAGUAAAAGAAGGGACAACUUGAGGAGAUUAGUUUCCGAGGCUGAAUUCUUUAUUACACCAGAAAAUAUCGAUAGACAUAUUGACAAUCAAUUAAAUCCAGCUCGUAUUGUUGUACCAACAAUGUUCGGAGAAGGAAAGUUUGGUAUUAACGAUGAAGUUGCUCUUGAAUAUUUGAGAGUAGGAAAAGAAAGACAACAUUUGAGAAGAGAAAGCAUUGGUGAAGAUCCACUCUAUCCUAAUGCUAAGGUUUUCGCAAACCACAUGGCCUUUUUAGAACAUCGUUUGGGUCAAGAUACUGGACAAUUAUUGGACUUAAAUGAUUACCUGUCUGGUGAGUCCAAGGUACCAACAGAACAGCCACAAACAGAGAUGCCAGAACUGGCAGAACAAGAAGAAGAGGAGGUGGAACAAUCUCUUGAUGAUAUGGAAGUUAACUAUGACUUGGACCAGUUAGAACUAGAUUGGGAGGAUGAACCUGAGGAAGAUUUCAAAAUACCCACCACUAUUCCUGAUGCUCUUCUAAAGAGAUUCGAAAAAGCUAAACCUGAAUUAGUAGAGGGUGUUGAUUAUUCUAAAUUUGAUAGAUUAUUGCGAGAUAUGAAGUCUGUUUUAUCCAAUGAACCUAUUUCUACAGAGAGUCAAUUGAAGACACUCGAUGACUCUGCAACUUUGGAAUUUAUGAAUGCUGUUAGCAAGACAUCUGACGUAGAGGAACCAGCAGAACAACCAAAACAAAGGGCUCGUAGACCAGAAGAGGAAGAAGAUAUUCUUGGAGGAGAUGGAGAACCUGUUCCAAUUCCUAAUCUUGGUGACAAGACAAUAACAGCCAUGGAGAAUGAUGAUGUUGAUUAUCUCUUUGAUCAAGCAAUGAAAAUGCCAAUCAACCCUCUUGUUGCUUCAGUUGACAACCUUGUACCUAAGGUAAAGAGUGAACAAGAAAAAGAAAAAUUAAUGGAAGAAAUGGCCAAGGCCCACCCUCUAGCUACUGCAUAUACUUUGCAACAUUCUUCAAAGAGGAGAAAGAGAAAACCAUCAAAUGUUUAA